AUGAAGUCUUACUGUGCCAAGAUUCGUCACGAAACUCUCCGGAUCGCAGUUAUCGAGCCACUAGAGUCGGCACUGUGUGUCCGAAAUGACGCAGUUCAGACCACGUUCAGCUCAUCUGACGAAGGGGACCAGCAUCUCUAUGCCGAUGAUGAGAUUAUCACCUUUGACGAUUUCCGUAAACAACGGUUCUUGUGGUAUUUCGAGUCCUACAUGCAAACCAUUGACGAGGCUAUCCCGGAAACACCACCCCAACGCAAGUUCGAGCUCAUGCCAUUCGAGGGUUACAAAAACGGAAUGGAAGGUCACUUCAACUACCCGGAGCUUAAAAAACGCCUGGGUCAGGUCAGGGACAAGAUCUUUGAGGAGACCUUUCGCUGGGUGGAAGAAGGAGUCCAGGCUAGAAAGCAGGAACUGGGCAUUGCGGUCAAUCUGCAGCGCCAGUACGAACAAAUCGUGGAGCACUUCAAGAACCAAAAGAACUUCACGAUCGAUCUGAGUCUGGUGAACGGUAACCCAUUCCUUUGGGAGUUCAUUUAUUUCGGUCGGCCCAUGACCCAACUAGACGGAGGGAUUUUCAAGUUCAAGAUCUAUUUAAGCCCGCGUUUCCCCGACGAGCAGCCUCGCGUUCUCGUGGAGACAUCGCUUUUCCAUAUUCGCGUGUCUCCAUCCGGAGUCCUUUGCUACUCUCCUCAGCGAUCCGAUGAGAUGCGCUUUCACAUCGAAGCCAUUGUCGCCGCCAUGGAGGAAGAAUCGCCACCUUAUGACCCUCGAACUACUGUGAAUCCCGAAGCCACCAGGCUUUUCUGGGGCAACCCAGACCAAAAGAAGCAGUACAAUCGGCAGUUGCGGAGAUCGGUUCAGAGGAGCGUCGAAUAA